UGUUUGACCUGAAGAAAUACUCUGCUUCAGAGGCGGCUCUUCUGAGGCUGCUGCCAAUGGUCAAAGCCUCCAACAAAGCUCUGUUGAGUGGCUGUAAUCUCUCAGAGAGAAGCUGUGCAGCUCUGUCCUCAGUUCUCAGCUCCCAGUCCUCUCGUCUGAGAGAUCUGGACCUGAGUAACAACAACCUGCAGGAUUCAGGAGUGAAGCAGCUUUCUGCUGGACUGGAGAGUCCACACUGUGGACUGGAAACUCUCAGGUCAGUUUCAUUACUGUGUAUAUAAAGUA